AUACAGUUCCUUGUUGGCCGAGGAAGAAUGUAUAAUAUGAAGGGAGCUUAUUUCAUCUUACUUUCUGCCCUUUUCAUUGCUUUCUUAUCCAUAACACUAAUUAAAUACUCCCACAUAGCCUUUCUGGGUAAUUCUUACCACGAUCCCAUUACUCAAAUUUCAACCAAUUUCCUUUUAGGCAUAUUCGACAUAGACACUUAUCACCACCACCACCACCAGAAACCACAAGUACAAUCAGUAUGUGAUGACUUCUUGCCCCCAGACUUUUCACCGUCUGGUGGUGAGAAUGGCUCUACCAUCAUUUGUGUCGACCGAAAUGGAUGCUGCAAUUUCACAACAGUGCGAUCUGCUAUUGAUGCUGUUGGGACUCUUCAGCAGAAAAGAACAAUAAUAUGGAUCAAUAAGGGCAUAUACUUCGAGAAGAUCACAGUCCCAAGGAUCAAACCCAAUAUUACAUUAUUGGGGCAAGGAAUGGAAAGGACAGCGAUUGUUUGGAAUGAUACAGCCAACUCCUCCCACGGAACAUUUUACUCUGCUUCCGUUUCCGUAUUCGCAUCUAAUUUCAUUGCCACAAAUAUUAGCUUCAUGAAUGUGGCUCCUAUCGCAAACCCUGGGGAUGUUGGUGGGCAAGCUGUGGCUUUCAGAAUAGCCGGUGACCAAGCUGCUUUUUGGGGUUGUGGUUUCUUCAGUGGUCAAGACACCCUUCACGACGACCGCGGUAGGCAUUAUUUCAAAGAUUGCUUCAUCCAAGGUUCCAUAGAUUUUAUCUUUGGCAAUGGAAGAAAUUUUUAUAAAAACUGCCAACUGAAUUCAGUGGCAAACCCAGUGCCAAGUGGAGCAAAACUCAUAACAGGGGCUAUCUCGGCACAAGCUCGAUCAACAAGGGAUGAGAACACGGGCUUCUCCUUCGUGAACUGUAGCAUUGGUGGGAGAGGACGCACAUGGUUGGGGCGUGCGUGGCGCCCUUUCUCCACUGUCAUAUUUGCUUAUACCUUCAUGUCUGAAAUCAUAUCUCCAGAUGGUUGGAAUGAUUGGAAUGAUCCAUCCCGAGACCAGACCAUAUUUUAUGGAGAGUACCAAUGCAGUGGAAGUGGAGCCAAUACAACAUCGAGGGUUUCGUACGUGCAUAUCCUCAAUGAUAGCCAAGCUGCUCCUUUCCUCAACAUUUCUUACAUUGAUGGUCAGCAAUGGUUGCAGCCCUUCACAAAUUAAAUGUGACACUUGUUGUCUAGACUACCCUACCCUGCCCCUCAUGUUCUUUCACAUAUUUCUUCUGGUUGUAUUAUUUCAAUAUCUCUCUCUUUCUCUCUCUCUAUCUAUCUCUGUGUGUGUAUGUGUGACAUCUCUUGGUUAAGAUAUAUUUUUUCAGACAUAGAGGAACA